AUGACAUAUAUUAAACUAUUUCUCUCUACCUUAAUUGUCUCUGUUUCUUUUUUCUUUUCUCUCUCUCUCUCUCUCUCUCUCUCUCUCUCUUUCUCUUCUAUAAGCACAAAAAAAAGUUAUUUUUUUCUAUCUAAAUCUUCGUCUUUAUUUCUCUUUCUUUCUUCCUCUUUCUUUCUUUCUUUCUUCCUCUUUCUUCCUUUCUUACUUCCUUCCUCUUUCUUCCUUUCGCUUUCUUUCUCCCUCUUUCUUUCGUCCUCUUUCUUUUCUCUCUCUUUAUUUCUUCUUCUUUCUUUCUUUCUUUCUCCUUUCUUUCACUUUUUUCUUGUUCUUUCUUUCUCUUUCUUUCUUUUUCUUUCUUCUUUAUUUCUCUUUCUUUCGUCCUCUUUCUUUUUUCUCUCUUUAUUUCUUCUUUCUUUCUUCCUCUUUUUUCUUACUCUUUCUUUCUUUCUCUUUCUUCCUUUCUCUUUCUUUCUUCCUCUUUCUUUCGUCCUCUUUCUUUCGUCUUCUCUCUUUUUUCUCUCUUUAUUUAUUCUUCUUUAUUUCUUCCUCUUUCUCUUUCUUUCUUCCUCCUUGUUUCUUUUUUCUCUUUCUUUCUUCCGCUUUCUUUCUUCAUCUUUCCCUUUUUUUGUCCUCUUUCUUUCUUUCUUUUCUCUUUCCCUCUUCCUCUUUCUAUCUUCUUUCUUUCUUUCAUUCUAUCUCUUUCUUUCUCUUUCUUGUGGAACUCUCACUAUUUAUUUCCCUCUGCCUUUCUUCUGCUUUGAACACAUUCAUUCACCCACUCUUUCUUAUCUAUCUAUCUAUCUAUCUAUCUAUCUAUCUAUCUAUCUAUCUAUCUAUCCCCCACAUAUACAUAUCAAAUUCAAAUGCGUUCUUACAGUGUCACUCUUUUAG